GUAGCAACGCGCGAAGCUGCCGCGGCGGGGCCCGGCGCCGAGGCCGGGUCCGAGGUCCAAGGCUCGGGCGGUGCCUUGGCUGGGCUGCGGGGCCUGGGGCUGCCCCGUCCCCUGGCGCCAUGGCCGCUGAGGUGGUGGUUGUGGGAUCGUGUAUGACCGACCUGGUCAGGGAGAAGAGAGACUUGAGUUUGUGUUGUCAGCUGUGCUAGGUGGCUCGGCCUUUGCCUUGCCAGAAAAGCAGCAUUUAAUAGUUACCCGCAUGGGAAACUGUGAACUCUGAUACUCUUUGUCAGCAGAGGAGCUCGAAACGAUUUUAUGAAGCCUUACUACGCGAUUGCCAAAAGCUGGAGAAACUGUCCUUGGACAGAAGUUUUUCAUUGGUUUUGGUGGGAAAGGAGCCAACCAGUGUGUCCAGUCUGCUCGACUUGGGGCCAAGACCUCACUGAUCUGCAAGGGUAAAGCCUGAAUGGAAAAAUAAGCCCUUCAAAUGAACAAGGAUUAACUGAGUUGGAUGCUAACGAACUAACAUGGAAAAAAGCUUCCAGAGGAAAAGGACCUCCUUCGAGACCCCUCCAAGGGCUUCCCUCCAGCAUGAGAUGUCUUGCUGUUGGCAAGGAUUCCUUUGGCAAUGAUUACAUUGAAAAUUUGAAGAAGAAUGGUGUUUCUACAGCAUUUGUAGGUCAGACUACAGAUGCUGCUACUGGAACUGCUUCAAUUAUUGUCAACAGUGAAGGACAAAACGUUAUUGUCAUAGUCCCAGGAGCCAACCUGCUUUUAAAUUUUGAAGACCUGAAGAGAGCUUCUGAUACCAUCUGUAAAGCCAGAGUGCUUGUUUGCCAGCUAGAAAUAACCCCUGCUGUUUCUCUUGAAGCCCUGAAAAUCGCACGUGCCAGCGGAGUAAAGACUUUACUUAAUCCAGCUCCAGCCCUUGCUGACCUAGAUCCACAAUUUUAUACCCUUUCUGAUAUCUUCUGCUGCAAUGAAACUGAGGCAGAAAUUUUAACGGGCAUCCCAGUUGGCAGCCCUGAAGAUGCUGGAAAGGUGGGACGCGUGCUGUUAGAAAGAGGGUGUAAGCUCGUACUACUUACUCUUGGAGCAGAAGGCUGCAUGAUGAUAUCAGUAGAAGAACCCAUUCCAAAGCACGUUCCUGCUGGGAAGGUCAGGGCCGUGGACACUACGGGAGCUGGAGACAGUUUUGUGGGAGCACUUGCCUUCUACCUGGCUUACUAUCCUGAGUUACCCAUGGAGGAAAUGAUCAGGAAGUCUAACUGUGUCGCAUCAGUGAGUGUCCAGGCAUCAGGGACACAAUCUUCAUAUCCUUACAGGAAGGACUUGCCUCAAGACCUUUUCUAAUUGACAUUGUCUAGCUCAAUGUACUGAUUUUAUCUUACCCCAGACAGAAUUAUUCUUCUGACUGUACUGAGGUUCUCCUCUGCUGACUGGAAAGACCAGGGAAGUCUCUUUGCUUUUAAUUUGAGGAAUCUUGUUAGUUCCUCUUCUACCACAGUAAGAUGGGGGGGGGGGGGGUCUUUCAAAAAUGGCACAGCAAGUCUGUAGGUCUCUGUGGCCCCAGACACAGCCACCAGGCUCGUGGCCAUCGCACAGGAUGCACCACAGUGAACUACAGUAAGUUUACAGCAAAACCACUGGAGUGUGUUGGGCUCCUGGAGUAUUUUUACUUGAUGUUAUCAGAACAGCUGAUGUGCGCUGCCCGCACGCGAAGCAGAGCAGUAGCUUUGAGGCUGUAACUCGUGCCCUCAGCUGCAAACACCAAGGCCCACAUUUGGCUGGUAACAAAGUCCUGUACGUUGGGCCCUGGCCCAUCUAUUCCCACACGCCUCAGGCAGCUGCACUGCAUUUUGGGCAGGAAUCCAGGAGUGAAAAACCCAUCCUGUUUACCUGACUUGCAGCCCUUAUCCAAAAGCUCCUCUUUCACCAGUUUCCCAUUGCUUCUCUCUUGCUGAGGAAGGAGCUGGUGGAACACUACCCCUCCAAGGAACGACACCAAGUUGUGGUCACUACUGUUGAAUCUGUGGGCUGGUAGGUUAGAAAAACUUGCAAUCUUGCCAUUGAAUUCCUGCUGUGGAAAAUGUUAAUUUUUAUUGCCUUAUAAAACAAUAGUUCCUUUGAAGAUUACAGCCUCUUUCACAAUGGAAAACACAGACAAUGGGAUUUGCUAUUUAAUUUUUAAUGGAGUACUGCAAAAAUAACUCAAAAGAUAAAUAAAUGUUACUGUGAUGAUCUA